AUGACUACAGAGCUGCACUCUCCUACACACUAAGCUGUGUGUCUGGGUUCAAGACCUGACAGCUGGAGCUCACAUUACAGCAGCUGCUGUUGGCCAUGAGUCUGUCUCUCCUCCUGCUGCUUGCCGUCCUCGUGGAUGUGACCGAUACUAAAGCUGGUUCAGAUUUUAGGAUCUGUGCCUUCAACACACAACACUUUGGUGAAUCCAAGUCGAAGAAGAGUGACGUUAUGGUGACUCUUGCCAGGAUCAUCACACGCUGUGAUGUGUGUUUGCUCCAGGAAGUGAGAGACAGUAGAGGAAAAGCUUUACCACUGCUGCUCGACUCCCUAAAACGGUUUGACACCAAGUAUAAAUAUGAGACUGUGGCCAGCGAGAGACUGGGCAGGUCUGAGACAUACCAGGAGCAGUACGUGUUUGUGUACAGGAAGGAGACGGUGAGGGUCACGGACCAGUAUCAGUACCCUGAUAAUAAACCAGGAGACGUCGACGCUUUCUCCAGAGAGCCAUUUGUUGUCCGCUUCAGAGCGGACCGCACAGCUAUAAAGGAGUUUGUUCUCAUACCUCAGCACACCACACCCUCCAACACCACCAAGGAGCUCGAUGCCCUCUAUGAUGUUCUACAGCAUGUGAGAAACAUGUGGAAAACUGAGAAUGUGAUGCUUCUUGGAGACUUUAAUGCGGGCUGUGGCUACCUCGCUAAGAAGAACAGGAAGAAUGUGCGCCUAAUCACAGACACGAAUCUUAUUUGGCUCAUCCCAGACGACGCUGACACCACCGUGCGAUCGACCACAUCCUGCCCCUACGACAGGAUUGUUGUGAAUGGGGAAACCUUUCACAGAGCCAUCGUGCCUGCUUCAGCCAAACCGUUUAACUUUCAAGAGGAAUACGGACUGACGGAGGAGCAGGCGCUGGAUGUCAGCGACCAUUACCCGGUAGAGGUCCUGCUAAAGGUCAAGGAUUCCAGAGCCUUUCUU